AUGCUCACCCCGUACUUCGCCCUCUCCCUCGCCCUCCUCUCCACCCUCGCAGGGGCUGCGCCCUCCCUCAACUACCCCCCAGCAGAACAGCUUCCCCCCGUAGCCCGCGUCGGGUCCACAUUCGCUUUCGACCUGCUACCCAACACCUUCAACUCCUCGUCCACCAUCACCUACACCACGUCCACCCUCCCCACAUGGCUCUCAUGGGACUCCCCCACCCUCUCGUUCUACGGCACACCCGCUCUGAGUGACGAGGGAGAGACGCCGGUGCAAAUCACCGCCACCGAUGACACGGGCUCGACGCGUUCAAAUUUCACGCUGAUCGUCACCAAUUAUACGUCCCCUGCUGUGCACGAGUCUUUCUUCGCCCAGACUGCUGCGCCCAGCCUCCACGACAUUGCUUCUGCCAGCAUCUUGCCCAAUGGUACGGGUGUGUCCAUCCCGCCCUGGUGGUCAUUCUCCCUGGGCUUUCAAUGGGACACGUUCAGGCUGUCCGAGGAGAACAAUAAUGGCAGACUGUACAAUGCCGCGCAUGCCGAAGGUUUCGUCGGUCUCCCUUCGUGGCUCAACUUUGACAACAAUACCUUUACCUUUACCGGUGUCUCCCCGGGCGAAGGCAGCUACACCAUCGUCGCGACUGGCACCGAUUUCUGGGGCUACACCGGCGCGCAGACCAGCUUUGUGAUUGAAAUUGGAGAAGGCCAGAGCAUUGAGAUGGCGAGGGAUUUCAACUUCUCCAGCAUCUCGACUAUUGCCAAGGGCAAGGUGGACUACGAUGUGGAUUUGAGCGGGGUGCUGGUGGGAGGCAGUGCGGCGGAAGAGAGUGACUUGAAUGUGACUUUGGCGAGUGAAGACUUUUCAUGGCUGUCCUAUGACAGUUCCAAGAACGUUCUCUCCGGCACGGUCCCCGACUCUUACCAGAACGGUACCUCCUCUUCCCUCUCCAUCCCCUUGACCAUCGCUUCGACCAACACCUCCAGCACCUUGACCCUCUCCACUUGGCUUGCUCUCGAUAUCACCCCCUACUUUUUCUCCACCUACUCCCUUCCCAAUGCCACCGUCUCCCCUUCCUCCCAGUACUCUCUCGACCUCUCGCAGUACCUAACAAACUCUACUGCUCAAGUCAACGCGACUGUCACCCCGAACGACGCGGCGAGUUGGUUGACGUAUUUCACGGAGAACAAGACUUUGAUUGGGACUGCACCGGAGAGCCCGAAAUACAAUCAGGUAGCGGUGGUCUUUGAGGCGGUAGUCGGCGCUCUUACGGCGACGACGACGCUGGAUAUUGGCAUCACUGGAGUCUCCGACACGUCCGGGAGUACCGGUACAGCUUCUGUGCCGAGCAAUACCAGUUCGAGUGCAGCGGCCCACCACGGUCUAUCUACAGGCGCGAAAAUCGCUCUUGGCGUAGUGUUUGGUCUACUUGGUCUCAUUCUCCUGCUUGUCCUCCUCUGGUUCCUCUGCUGCCGCCGCAGAAAGGACAAGAAGGAUGAUGACGAGUCGGAUGAAAAGCGUCCUCGAGCAUCUGCCGGUCCCGACCUUGGUGACCCCUUCCGUCGUAGCGUAGGCCUCGAACCUGUCAGGAGUGUCAAUGAUACUACCCUCGGCUACUCUGACACCACUGCCUACACUGCUCGCUCUCCUGCUUCCAUGAGCAGCAAUGCUACCGCUGUCGAAAAGCCUCACAGGCUUGACGGCAUGAAGGGUAUCAUCACCUGGGACGAAACUGGGGAAGAACAUCUCGAGUACAACCCCGACUUUUCAAGAGACUUUGUCGGAUACCCAGAUGUCAUUGCCACACAAGACCCCGUCGAUGCCAACAUGAGUGAUUACACUCGGUCUUUCAUGUCGGCGAGCUCCAGAGCGAGCUGGCAGAGCAAGUCGAGUUUCAAUUGGUCUUCUGGUGACGGCUCUGGAGAAGGCGCCAGGCCUUUCAGCUCGGAGGGUCAAGAUUUGGAGAGGGCGGCGGCGGCGGGAGGUAUUGUAGGACUGGGAAUGAACAGGAUGUCGACGGCGGAAAGUAUUCCCCGACCCCGACCCGAUUUCACUCCUCGAUACCCUCGACACCAGUCUCCCGCAGUCCUCGCUCGGUUGACGGGAGAAGACUCUCUCAGCUCCCACGACUCUUUCAGCGAAUUCCACUCUUCCUACGAAGGUGCUCACGACUCUUAUCAAAGUCGCUCGGCAUUCGACACUGGCUCCAACUUUGACGAGACAAUGUCAAACGCCGGCACCAACUCUAUGAUGGGCACCGGUUCCGUCUUCCAGAGCCGAUCUCAGCAGAUGAACUCUUCUGGUGUGGAUUCUAUGGGGUUUAGAAGGAGCGGGCUGAGUCAGAUUGGGGAGAGCUCGGAUUUCAAGACGAGUGACACGGAUGGGACGGAUGGGGAGGGUGAAGAGGCUGCCGUGCUCGCCACUGCUCGACGCACUAGCGUUGAUCCCCGGGGCGACAGCCCCAGGGUGAUCCAGACUGACCGAGCUGCCCGAGACGCGCACACGACUAGCGGCAUGUUUGAUGACGCCGACUCUCGUCCGUCUACCAUGUACGACCCCAGCUCCAACGCUGGCCUUGGAUACCCCAACUCUGUCAUCUACUUUGGCUCCCCUCAACCCGACGUUGCCGAAGCCGGCGAUGAGGCUUAUACCUCUCAGCGAGCGAGCGGCGCUCCCAGCGAGUCCACCGCAAGGGCGAGUACCAUCAGGGCUGUCCCUUUUAGAGAUAGCAACCCCAUCUCGCCUUCUCUUCCUCAGCCGGGAUCGUUCAUCCGACACCGUCGCACCAACACUGCCGGCUCUGGCUUUGGCUCACAAAGCUCGUCCCGCGUCGUCUCUGGGGCUUCAGCCUCAGGGGCCAACGACGGCCGCGUGUAUGCCACGUCCAACGAGACCUUUUCUAUUCACCCUGCCAUCCACCCACCUCCAACCGUUCAGCUGUCUGCGGCUACUUGGUCUUCCAACCCUCCAUCCACCUAUCGUGCUGAAUUAGAGGGUGGGGGCAGUCUGCCAGGGUGGUUGCACUUUGAUGCUAGAGAGUUGGAACUUUGGGGUGUUCCUCCACAGAGAGUGGUCGGGCAGCAAUGGGUCAUUAGAAUAUUGGAGAAGCUGCCGAGAGAUCCGAGAAGGGCCGAUCCGUCGAGCUUUGGCUAUGAGCCGGCGCAGGAAAGGGAAGUGGGUAGGGUGAUGGUUGAGGUGACAGAGAAGAUGAGAAGUCCUCAAGUCUCCUAUGAGGGAUCACCGCAUGCCUUAUAG